CCACGUGACACCCACUUCUCUCUGUCCUCUGGAACCCUCCCCAAGCCUCUUCGCCUUCUCUCUCUACUCUUCGCCCUCUCCUUCUGUCCCUGCGAGCUGUUGAUGCCCUCUGAAUCCUCCGUUUUGCUUCAGUUUCUCUGCGGACAGCAUCGGAUUUGAAAGUCUCUUGUGGAUUCGGCGAUGUUCAGAUCAGUUUGGGCGUGCACCUCGGAUUUGGGUUUUGGCGUUCAGGUCUGCUGUGGAUCCUUCGGAGAUGUUUGAUUGGAACGACGAGGAGCUUGCAAAUAUAAUAUGGGGUGAUGCUGGUGAGAGUGAUGACCAUACUGUACCUUAUCCUAAUGAAAAUGAAAAAAAACCUCCAGCUACAUUUGGGGUUAAUAACAAGGACUGGAAUCAGGAAGUCACUGACAUUAAGCCCACUGAGCAGACAGCAUCUGGAGCUAAAAUCCAAUUCCAUGGGAACAAGCAGGAGCAUAGUACCAACCUGGACAUAAAUGAAGGACUGCCUGGGACAGGAUUUUCCAUGGGCUCAUGGUCUGAUUUGUCUUCAUCAAAUGCUGCCAAAACUAAUCAGGACUCCAUGGCUGAGACAACUCAACUUGAUAAAGAUCCUGAGAUUUUUCGAAACCAGCAUGAUGAAAAUGAGCAAGGUGAUUUUGUUGACUAUGGCUGGGCUAACAUUGGAAGCUUUGAUGAUCUUGAUAGAAUAUUUAGCAAUGAUGCUCCAGUGUUUGGAAAUGCUAGUCUUGGUAAUGCAGAUGAACUAUGGUCAUCUUCAACUAAUAGCCCUGUGAAAUCUUUUCCAUUAUCUGUGGACUCACCAAGUUUGGGCUUAGGAGCUCUGAGGAAUACAUCAGAGCAUUUUGAAAUCAAAACAGAGCAUGUAGAACAUGAAGAUCAGUCCUCUACCCCUGCUUAUGGGAUAAUGAAUCAUCCCUCAUCUCAUGGUCAACAAAAUACAUGUGCAACCAUGGAUCAAGUAGAAUAUGGUGGAGGUAAAAGUAAGCCCAUAAUGAAGGACCAGAUAGCAUUUGACAUAGUUGGAAAGACCACAACAUUAAACUCUCAGUAUGCUGCAGAAAAUGCUGCAACCCCGAAUAAAUUUGCAGACAAGGCAAAUAGGCAAAAGAAAUUGUUGAAAUCUCAGAAAAAAUUGGAGGAAAAGAAUGAAGGAAAGUUGUUGCAGAACUUGUAUGGUACUUGGUGUCCACCUGGAAAUCAAUUCCAACAAUAUGGGAUUCAAUUUGCUCCUACUUCAGUGCAAACUUGUCCCUCUUCAGUCCUCAGUCAACAAAGGCAGCUUCAAGGGCAUGAAUCUUUGCAUUAUCAGCAUAUUUCCAGUCCAUUCACAGCUUCUUCUGCUUAUACGGAUCUUUCAAAUAAAACUCCUGUCAUGCCUGCUUUGCCACAUACCCAUAGUGGACAGGAUAAGCAUCAACAACUGCUUUCUAGUUAUGAAGUACCCCGCGAUAAUGCAAAUCCUCUAAAUAAAUCACUGGAUGCUCCAGUAAAGCCUCUGACCAUGACACCUCAGGAAAAAGUUGAAAAAUUAAGGAGGCGGCAGCAAAUCCGAGCAAUGCUUGCUAUUCAGAAACAGCAGCAGCAGUUUAACCAUCAAGUCUCAUGCACCAAUCCUUCCAUCACUCAUAGAUGUUCCCAGGAAAACCAAAAUAUGCAUAUGGAGAGUGCUGAUGGUGAAAUUGAGGAAAAUCUAAGUGCUCUUUCUUCUCUUGAUCCGAACUCACCUAUGGGACAGGAUGAUUCUAGUACAAUCUCUAUGAAAAUUGAUGCAUAUUCAGCAGAGGACACAAUACUUAGCCGGCUUCAAGAUAUUGUCUUAAAGUUGGACAUCAGAAUAAGACUUUGUAUUCGUGAUAGUUUGUUUCGACUGUCUCAAAGUGCAAUGCAAAGGCAUUUUUCUUGUGACACAAGCAGCACCAACCAAAAUAGCAGGGAUGACCAUGAGUUCGUGGCUAAAGAAGAAAUCAAUAGUCAUAACAGAUAUGUCAGAAUGGGGGAUAUGGAAACAGAAACCAACCCCAUAGAUCGAACUGUUGCGCAUUUGCUUUUUCACAGGCCAUUAGAGCUACCAGGAAGACAUCCAGAGGCACCUGAAUCGCCCUUCUCUAGUAGGCUUCCUUGUGAACAUAAAACUGCAGGCUUAGUUAACUCACCAAUGGGGUGUUCACCUGAGGGUUCUAAGAAUAAACAAAGUUUCUUUUACCAAGGACCAAAAUCUCCUUGCCGGAUAGCUGAUUCCCAGCAGGGUGAUCAGUUUAAAAACAGCCCUUGCAUAGACAGUUCGGAGAAUGCAUCAAACAAUGAGACUGCCGAAGAUGGGACUAUGGAAGUCGAACCUUCUCAAUGAAAGAGUUUCUAAAACUAUAGAUGGCCCACUGGAUCUUUAUCAAGUAUAGGUUAAGGAGACUUCAAGAUCAUAACCACAGGGGAGGUUUUUUGUAUCUCAAUAUCUGCAAGAAGUUGCAUCCAUGCAUGUUAGAUGUAUGAAAUUAAUGUAGCUAUGUAUCUUCUCCCAAAAGAUUGACUCUUCUGUAUCUAUUGACUGUUCUGUAUCUGUAACAAACUCAAGGUGCAACUGUAGUAUGUGUGUAUUAAUCAGAAAUCAGCUCUUACUGUUAUGAGUUGCAGAAUUAUGCUGCUUCAUAUCAAACUUUAAUAAGUCUUGGCGUUUUUCUAUGUGCUAA